CAAAAAUUAACACAGCCUGGCAUCCUGACCCAAUCUAAUACUUGAAUAACUUCGUCGAGCAGUGAGCCAGGAUCCCAGGCUAAAAUUAACAGACAAGACACUUUGACAUGUGCACAACAUUUGUGACAUUACAAGUUUUCUUUCAACAAGAAGUUUCAAACAUGUCAAAUGGAUACAGAAGAAAUUGAACACGAUAUAGAAUUAAUUAGUGAGUGGCCAGUAACCCAAGAUGCUAAACCACUCUACAAAGGUUCUUUUAAAGCUGAUAGAAAUUUGCAAAACUGGCCAAAUGAAGGUGAAGUUGAUUCAAAGAGAACAAUUGGUUAUUCAAAUGAAGUUGUGGUGAGAAGUAGCAAGCAAAAAAGGAGUAUAGAAGUGCAGGUUUUAGACUCUCAUCCGAAAAGAAGUAAAUACAGUGGAGAAAAAGAAAGUCUUGCAAACACUGCUUUAGCUAAAUGGUGGAGACGUAACCAAUCUCAAUGUGGAACCAAAGAUACUGCAGCUGUUAAAGGAUGUCAUCCACAUACAUUAAUAAAGGUGAUUGCAAGGUCACCAGCUGGCAAACAAUUCAUUGGUGAUGAAAUACAGAGGUUAAGAAAGCAGUUAAUUCAAGGGUCAGCUUCAGCAGAUGUAAAUGCUGCGCUGGGGUCUUUUCUAGAGAAACAGGGUGAUAUUACAGAGGCAAUAUAUCACCUUGAGAAUGCAGUUAAAGGAGACCCAGAUGAAAAAGAAUAUAAAUGGUUAUUACAGAAAUUGAAAAGAAUUUUGAAAAUCAAGACAAUACAAGAAGAAGGUGUGCAAAGAGUCCAACCAGGAGUAGAGUUCCCCUCAAAUAAACAGGUUGAAAGAAGAUCAGCAAAUGAUUUGACAGUAGAAGAUUUCUACCACAAUUAUGAAUGUACUAGUACUCCAGUAAUAAUAACAAAUGUGCAGAUGACCAGAGUACCAUGGACACUAAAUCAUGUUAAAGAAAUAGCUGGAAACUGUACUGUUACCCUUAAGAAACCAGUAAAACAGUCAGUAGAAUGGGCAAGAUUAGAGAACAGUCUGACAGUACAGGUGUCGAAAUACAUUAAUCAGAUUAUAAAUAAUAGAAUGGAUGAUCCUUUGUACCUGUUUGACUGGAGUCUACCUAUCAACUGUCCACCAUUAGCAGAAGAGUUGACCAUACCAAAGUAUUUUGCAGGUGACUUCCUACAACGGACUAAAGAAGGAAGUUUAUAUAAAGACAGUUGGCCAAGCUUGUUUGUAGCACCAGAGGGAAUCACUAGCGAACUACAUGUUGAUGCUUUUGGUUCCAAUUUUUGGAUGGCACUAUUUCAAGGAAAGAAAAGAUGGGUGUUUUUUCCACAAUCUGAUGUACCUUAUUUAUACCCAGAGUAUGAGCAUAGUUUAGACCCUGUAUUUGCUGUUGACCUAUCAAAGCCAGACCUUACCAGAUAUCCACUGUUACAGCUCACUACACCUAUGGAAUGUGUUCUAGAAGCAGGUGAUGUUUUGUUUGUACCUGCUGGAUGUCCUCAUCGUGUAGAGAACCUGGAAACAUCAGUAGCUAUCUCAUCCAAUUUUGUUGAUCAGUCAAACUUUACUCGAGUAAAACAGGAGUUAAAAAUAAAUGCACUUAUAGACAUCAGAUCAGAAGAACUUCUUCAGCAGUUUAAUGAUGAAAACUUUAAUGAUCAAAUGGAUCUGCAUAUACAGGACAAAAUCUUUUGUAAAUAUAAAGAUGUGAAAAACUGAUCAUUAAAAUUUUUAGAAAAA